AUGGUCAAUAACGAGUGGUCUAAUAUCAAGAAAAUUACAUUUCCUGACGAAUACAAACACUGGAAAGGUGAAGAAUUGUAUAAUUUUUAUAUCGAGCCGUAUUCGGUAGAUCGUGUCUAUUUUUGUGAAACUACAUGGAUAAUCUUAAGCGAAUUUCGCAUGCUACUAAGAAUUCAGUAUAAGUCUAGACCGCUGUACGUGGAGCUUCUCUAUGCCGAACAUGAAAAUGAAAUCAAAGUAAUGAUUCUCACUUAUCGUAUCCAGCGUUUUAUAGACUCGAUACAGGAAGAGUAUCGGUUAACCACGUUCAGCGAACAUGAGAUAUCUCCCAUCGAUACCACUAUAGUAUACAGGGACAUGCCGUUUGUCGGCUACGAUUGUCUGAGAUACGAAGAAAAGCGAUUAGGAACCUUCAUCGACUGGCCUCAUGAAUGGCUGAAACCGUCAGAAUUGGCGGCCGACGGAUUUUAUUAUCUCAGGAAAGAUGAUCACUGUGCGUGUAUCUUCUGCAGAGGGAUAGUUGGAACCUGGGAAAAAACUGACACGCCAAGAGGAGAACAUCAACGCCAUUUUCCCCAAUGUCCCUUUAUUAGGGGUCAGCCAACUGGAAAUGUUCCCAUUGUUCAAGGCAAUAUCUUAGCCAGGUUACCGGUACUACAUCCGAGUCUGGACGAUUGCGGAUCAAGACGUGUUGAGGCCGACGCUUGCAGAUUUUCGUCAAGACAUAUGGCCGGAUCGUAUCCCGAAUGCAGAGGAUCUCCGGAUGAAACUGGUCUCUACCAUCAUUCUAGACCGAAACGAAGUGAUUUCACGACACUAGAUAGCCGAUUGAAGAGCUAUGUCGAAGGAUGGCCCAUCCUCGGUCUGCGUGCACAAGAUCUUGCCGAAGCUGGAUUUUUCUACUGUGGUCUGAGUGAUCAUGUUCGCUGUUUCCACUGCGGUAAGGGUCUUCGCAAUUGGAUAUCUAGCGACAUACCUUGGAAGGAACACGCUAGAUGGUAUCCUAAAUGCAGAUUUGUCUUAUUGAAGAAAGGCCAGGACUAUAUCAAUGAAGUCCAGCGAGAAUAUUCACCGUACACCCACACAGCGAGUACUGUAUAUUCGGGUAUCGAUAAGGCUGCUUCCGGUAGCAGUAAUAAUCCAACGGAGGUGCAAUCCGUAUCCGAACAAGAAUUGGAUCUGUUGAUGAGUUUGGAUGUCGUCAAGUGUGUACUGGAAAUGGGAUAUCCUAGUUGUAUAGUCAGGGCCUGCCUUAAAGAUCGGGUUGAACAAACCGGCGAACCGUAUUUCGUUAUAGAGCCUUGCCUUGAAGAUGUUAUACAGAGAAUGAGCGUAACAGAGAAUCGGGUCGCAGAUAAUCGUUCUGAGAGUACAGAGCGUGAGCCGUCAUAUGGUGAGGCCGAUAUUUCAUCUUCGAUAUUUCAACAACAAGCACCGAUAUUCCCAUCUACGUCUAAAACCAUGGGGAAUCGGGUUGCAAAUAUUCAACCGCUUCCAUUCGAAUCUACCGAGGUUGAACCAUUAUCUCAACAACAACAGGCUCCUAUAUUUCCAUCUACAUCCGAAAUAAUACGACAGCAGGCUUCUAUAUUCCCUAUUGCACCUCUGACUACAACGUUAUCAUCAUCAUUUGAACGAGAAAAUACCGAAACUGAAGCAAACCAUAUUUUGCAAAUAGUAGAAGAAAUCAUAUCACAGACUAACGAACAGAUGAAAGAAGAACUCGAACGGAUGCGUGAAGAUCGCACAUGUAAAGUGUGCAUGGACAGUGAAAUAGCUAUAGUGUUUCUUCCGUGCUCGCAUAUGGUUACGUGCGUUUCCUGUGCUGUAUCCCUGAGACAGUGCCCCAUCUGUAGAAGAGACAUCAAACAUGUGUGCAGAGCUAUUGUAUCCUAA